AUGAAGCAAUAUAGACUAAUUCGGUUUGCUACCUUUCUCGUAUCCUUUUGUAUCUUGUUCGCCACAACCAAUUCACCAUGCCCACCAACACCACGUAAGCCUCUACCGAUGCCACCACCACCACCUGAUCCAUAUCCAAAUAUAGGCCCAUCAACAGGCCUACUGAGCCCAUCUCCACCACCUCAGCCACCAAAGAACGUAACCGUACCGGCAGUGUUUGUAUUUGGGGAUUCGCUUGUCGACACAGGAAAUAAUAAUAACAUAAGCACACCUCUAAGGUGUAAUUUUCGACCAUAUGGUAUUAAUUUCGUAAAGGGCGUUCCCACUGGUAGAUAUUGCGAUGGCAAAGUUCCUUCUGAUUUUUUAGCGGAAUUUUUGGGAAUAAAACCGGUCGUACCAGCAUAUUUGGACCCAAGACUGCAACCAGAUGAUUUAAUCACCGGUGUGUGCUUUGCUUCGGGUGGCAGUGGUUACAUGCCUUUGACACCCAAAUAUUUGAACGUGAUACCAAUGUCGGACCAGUUGACAUAUUUCCAACAAUACAUAGCGAGAGUGAAGAAGCUAGUAGGACAAGAGAAGGGCGAUCAGAUAAUAGCCAAUGGCUUAGCCAUUGUAAUCGCAGGUAGCAACGAUGUGGGCAUUACGUAUUUUGGUCCAGGUGCUCAAUGGGUCAAAGACGAUAUUUACUCUUUUACCUCUAAAUUGGUUGAUUCUGCCGCCAGUUUCGCCAUGCAAUUAUAUGGAUAUGGAGCAAGACAUAUAGGAGUGGCGGGAAUAACACCACUGGGAUGUAUACCGGCACAAAGAACAUUGAAAGGAGGUCAUCAUAGAAACUGUGCUCAAGAUGUUAACGAUGUUGCUCAGCUUUUCAAUUCCAAACUCUCCAUUGCUUUAGGUCAAUUGGCAAAAAAUCUACCGGGUUCUAAACUGAUUUUCAUCGACAUCUAUUCUCCUUUCAGCCAAAUUCUAGAAAACCACGCAGAUUACGGGUUUGAAGUGAUAAAACAAGGUUGUUGUGGAACCGGACUAGUGGAAACAGGUCCACUUUGCAACCAAGAAACAUCAUCUGUGUGUAGCAAUAUAUCUGCUUAUCUGUUUUGGGAUAGUCUGCAUCCGUCGCAUAGAUUCUAUGAAAUCUUAACGAAAAUACUUGUUAAAAAAUACAUCCCUCUUUUAUUUUGA